GGGCAUUGAGGCAUCCCCCGCGAGAGAAAAUUUUUUUCCCUGCACGUCGCCUCACGAGAAUGCGUAAAACUUUUUGACGUCAUGAAACACACGAAUGCGCUUUACACGUCCGCAUAGGUCCAUUUUUCCCUCCGCGAGUACGUACACGUGGGUGAUGUAUUCAACUGUAUGCAUUUGCAUUUAUCCGCUUUAAGGCUUCUCAAUAUCCAUGAGUUGUUCGUAUUUACCAGAAGUUUCCCCCCCGUGAAAUCCCCGCCCCGUUUUUCCUCACCCUUUGGAUGCACAUCUAGCGGCAGUGGCAUUUGCGGCAGGUAUACCACGCAGGCACAUGCGCAGCCACAAUGCUGACGACGUAUAACAUCAUCUGGAAGAAGGAGGAGGGCGAAGGCGCGAAGAACGAAAAGCGGUGCAAAGCGCUGAGCGAGCCGCCAGCAGGAAACGCGCACAGUGACAACCCCUCGCCCCUCUCCGAAUUUGACCAACUGGUGAACGACGUGGAGGACCUGCUAGAAGAGCAGCAAAUUAACGAAACGGAAAAGCUAUACAAGGAAUCAAAAUCCCCCAAUGAAAAGUUCAACAAAAAAAAUAAGUUAAGUAUCACCGAUUUAUCAGCCCAGUUAUGGUGCGAGCAGCAACUGGAGUUAGUUUUAACAACGGGGAAAAGGAGAGAAACGGAAGCAAUGCGAUUAGGGAUAGAAAGACAUGAAGUGUUGGAAAAAGCAGAUCACCUGAUUAUUGAUGUGGAAGUGAACACAAGAGAAGAGUCGUUAGGAUACCGUCUCCUCAACACAAUUACGCUGUUAGGACAAUUGUACGAAUGUAAGAAGGCAAGAGAAGUGUGGGUUUUUGGGGUCAUUAGAGGCUACGUAUUGAGAGGCAUCAUUGACGAGCUAAGAAUUGAAUAUGAUAACGUUUCCAGGAGGGAAUAUUUAAUCAUUUCUGAUACGAAGACGAGGAAGGAAAAAAAGGAACCAAGUCUUGCUCAGAAGAGGACGUCCGCUAUACAAGUGCAAACGUAUUGCCUACUGCUACAGCAUUUGAGGAAUGGCAAGGCGGAUUUUAAGAAGCUGUUUGAAAUAUACGAAUGCGAUCCCAAGUUUGAAUUUACCGCAACAGAUUUGAUAAAAUAUAAAAAUUUGGAAAACUUAUCCAGCGUAGUUAAUUGCCUCUUUCUGAGACUUCCAAAGAUUAAAGAAGAAAUGGAAAUCGUGUACGAGCACCAAGGGGUUGAAUUCUCUCGAAAUCACAUCCCCUAUUUUUACCACUCCACUUUGUAUACGAUUAACAUUCUGCUGGACUACUGGGAUGGCAAGCGCUCCUGCGACGUGGUGGAAAACUCGGACAAGUGGAAGUGCAGGUUCUGCGACUUCGUCCGGAACUGCGUCAGGUGCCCCCUGGACGCCUAG